GUUCCCCUGGUCUCUGGUCCUGCUGGCCGUCGCUGCAGCUCUCUUCACCUACAUCGCCCUGCUACUGGUGUUGGCGGUGUGUCUGCUGUCUGAAGGUCAAAGGUUAUACCUCCACUGGAGCCACAAGACCGGCAUCAUGGUGACGCUGGUGUUCUCCGUCACGGCCACUGGGAUCCUGUCUGACCUCUGGAGCAAAGAGUGGAAAACUCUCCAGCUGUCCCUGCAGGUGACGGCUCCUUUCCUCCAUGUGGCUGCGGUCUCGCUCAUGGCCGUUCUCUCCUGGCCGACGGCGUUGCACUUUUUUCGUAUGAACAAGAAAGUCCGUCAGGUCGUGGUUCUGGCUCUCUACCUGUCCGUGUUGUUCUCGCUCUACCUGGUUCCCCUUGGCAUGUACUCGCCCUGCAUCAAGGAGGCGGGAACUCUGGGACCAGCGCCCACUCUCAUUGGUCACAGAGGAGCUCCAAUGCUCGCUCCAGAAAAUACCUUGAUGUCUUUUGAAAAGGCCGUUGAAUCAGGAGGAGGCGGCCUGGAGACGGACGUCACAAUAAGUUAUGACGGCGUUCCCUUCCUGAUGCACGACUCCACGCUGAGGAGGACCACCAACGUCGCCGAGGUUUUCCCCAAUCGGACGCACCUGGACGCCGCCAUGUUCACCUGGGCCGAGAUUCAGCAGCUGAACGCCGGCAGCUGGUUCCUGCUGAGGGAUCCGUUUGGAACCGCAUCGAGCCUUUCUGAGACGGAUCGCUCUCAGGCCCAGAACCAGUCCGUUCCCUCCUUGGCCCAGUUCCUGGAGGUGGCGGCCGCCAGCGGCAAACUGGUGCUGUUUGACCUGCGCAGGCCACCGUACGGACAUCCCUACAGACGCUCCUACAUCAACACAACUCUGCAGGUCAUCCAGGCCCACAUCAACUCCUCACAGGUGCUGUGGCUGCCGUCUGAAGACCGGGCUCUGGUUUCCGGUCUGGACCCGGCGCUGCAGCAGACCUCUGGACUGAAGGCUUCCAUCCAGGAGCUGACGGACGACGGCAUCAGCUGGCUGAACCUGCACUACAGCACCAUGUCGCAGCAGCAGAUCUGUAAGCUCCAGUCGGUGAACAUCAGCACCAACCUGUACGUGAUCAGCCAGCCGUGGCUCUACGCUCUGGCCUGGUGCGCCGGCGCUCAGUCCGUCACCACCAACUCCGUCCACAUCCUGUCCAGCAUCAACCAGCCGCUCUUCCUCAUGACUCCAGAGGAAUACACCCUGAUGUGGAUCCUGACCGACUUCGUCUCCGCCUUCCUCAUCUUCGCCAUUUUCACGUUCCACUGGUGGAGAGAGCGCGGUUUGCCCUUCGUGUCCGGCAGCCGGCACACCAACGACAACGGACCGUACAGCAAGUUCAGAACCGACUCCUCAGAGGUCAUCUGUGUCGGCUGGAGCUCUCUGCACUCUGACCCCCCGCUGCAGCUCAUAUCUCCCUCCCCCUGACCUUCAACCCAUGACCCCUGCAUGCCAUGUCAUCCUUUCACUAGCUGAGCGAUGUUUGGUCCAUCUCCAGUGUCAACGUGCGACCCGACCUGCGGAGCUCUCCCAGUUCUCCCAGUGGCCCCCACCUGCCCACCAUUACAGAGGAGUGACUGGAGAGUCUGG